AUGGCUGCUGCUGCUACGAACCCCUUCCCAGUCGAACUGCCACUGGACCACGACGUGAAGCGGCCCCAGGCUGUCCCUCUUCCCAACAGCCAGAAGCAGGGAAGCACAGCCGUCUACGUCAACGCCCAGUUCCCCGAGUGGGUCAACCGCACCUUCCCCAAGGACGUCUACCAGAGCUUCAACCUCGGCCUCUCGAUCCGCGCCCAGAAUGACUGCCUCGGCAAGCGCGAGUGGGACCCGUCCAUCAACGACUGGGCCCGACAGCUCACGUACGAGUCGUACGAGAGCGUCGACGGACACCGGACCCGCGUCGGAUCUGGCCUCCAGGUCCUCCGCCGCGAGCUCUUCCCCGAUGAGAACGACGUCCAGUGGAAGGUCGGCAUCUGGUCCUUGAACCGCCCCGAGUGGCAGUACGUCAACCAAGCGUGCGCCGCCUACUCGCUCACGAUCGUCUCGCUGUACGACAUCUUUGGUCCCGAGGCCGUCGAGUACAUCGUAAACCACGCCGAGACUCGCGUCGUCUUUGCCAACCCGUACCACAUCCCCGACUUGCUCAAGCUCGGGAAGCGCAUCCCCUCCGUCAAGGCCAUCGUCAGCCUCGACAGCUGGGCGUCCAUCGCGGCCAAGGGCACUCGCCCGGGCAUCCAGCCUGCCCAGGCCAUGAAGACCUGGGGCGAGUCGCUCGGUAUCCGCGUCCUCGACCUCGACGAGCUCGAGCAGCUCGGACAGGCCAACCUCGCGCCGCACCGCCCGCCCACUCCCGACAUGAUCGCCAACAUCUGCUACACGAGCGGCACGACCGGGAACCCCAAGGGCGCCAUCCUCCUCCAGAGCAACAUCGCUGCCGUCACCGCCUCGUCCGAACACGGGCAUGCGAUCCGCGAAAACUCGGUCGUCAUGUCGUACCUCCCGCUCUCGCACGUGUACGAGUACUUUGUCGAGAACAUUGCGCUCGCUACCGGUGCCGCUAUCGCCUACUCGUGCGGCGACAACCUCCGCCUCCUCGAGGACUUCCAGAUCGCCAAGCCCACUUUCGUCUGCUCCGUCCCUCGCGUCCUCAACCGCGUCUACCAAGGCAUCAAGACACAGACGGUCGAUGCGCCCGGUCUCAAGGGCGCUCUGGCUCGCAAGGCCUUUGCCGACAAGAUCCACAACCUCCGCACGACGGGCCAGGCGACCCACGCCAUCUGGGACCGCAUCCUCUUCAACAAGGUCAAGCAGCUCAUGGGCGGACGCGUCGAGAACUUGAGCACGGGGUCUGCGCCGAUCAACCCCGACGUGCUCGACUUCCUUCGCGUCUCGUUCUGCUGCGAGGUCACCGAGGGUUACGGUCAGACCGAGACGUCGGGCUGCACGAACCGUUGCUACAACUCGGACAUCUGGUCGGCGGGUGCUGUCGGCCCUCCCCUCGCCGGUGUGCAGAUGAAGCUCGUCGACGUACCCGAGAUGGGCUACCUCUCGACCGACCAGCCCUACCCGCGCGGCGAGAUCUGCAUGAAGGGCGCCAACAUCAUUCCCGGCUACUACAAGGACCCGGAGAAGACGCGCGAGUUGAUUGAUGAGGACGGCUGGUUGCACUCGGGCGAUGUUGGGUCGAUCGACCAGCUUGGACGGCUGAGGAUCAUCGACCGGGUCAAGAACCUCGUCAAGCUCAGUCAGGGAGAAUACGUCGCCGUUGAGAAGAUCGAGAACGUCUACCUCUUGUGCCCGCUCGUCGCCCAAAUGUACGUCCACGGCGACGGUCUCCGCGACCACCUCGUCGCGAUCGUCAACGUCGACCCCGUCCAGUUCGCUCCCAUCGCUUCGAAGGCGCUCGGCAAGCACCUCGAGCCGGCAGACCUCGCCGGUCUUGCGGAGGCGGCAAAGGACGACAAGGUCGUCUUGGCUGUCGCGCAGACGCUCGCCAAGUACGCCCGGGAUGCGCGAUUGCUCGGCUUCGAGCGCAUCGAAGACUCGCUUCACCUCCGAGUCGAGCCCUUCCCCGCCGACUGCCUCACCCCGACCUUCAAGUCGAAGCGCAACGUGAUCGCCAAGACGUACGCAACCGAGCUCGCCGAGUUGUACACCAAGGCCGAGGGCAAGGCGAGGGCCAAGCUCUGA